AUGGGACCUCCAGACUCGCCAUAUGCCGGGGGGGUGUUCUUCUUAUCGAUCCACUUUCCUACCGACUACCCGUUCAAGCCACCUAAGAUUGCGUUCACCACUAAAAUCUACCAUCCUAAUAUCAACGGCAACGGGAACAUCUGUUUGGAUAUAUUAAAGGACCAGUGGUCGCCGGCUUUGACCAUUUCCAAGGUGUUGUUAUCUAUCUGCUCGUUGUUGACUGAUGCCAACCCUGACGAUCCUUUGGUGCCAGAAAUCGCUCAUAUUUACAAGCAAGACAGAGCUAAGUACGAGUCCACUGCUAAGGAAUGGACCAAGAAGUACGCAGUUUGA